CAAUUUGCCGCAAAUUGUCCAGCGUACGCUGAAUUGUAUCCGCAGGCUUACGCUUGCAAUAGUACGAGUAUUGAGACCACAGCGACGCCUACACUUGCCGCCACAGCAAUGGCAACAACAGCAGCAGCUGCAACAGCGACAACGAUGACAAGUCGCAGCAUAGACUUGGCCUUGCGCAAGUAUCAACAAUGGAGCAGCAAGUUUCUACCAGCCACCAGCAACAGCAACAGCACAAUGCCAAUGCAAGCGCCAGUGCCAGCAACAGUAACAACACCAACAAUGCCGGUAGUUGCAACAAAUGCCGACUGUGUCACCACUCACUUGUCAACGUCUUCAUCACACAAAUCCAAUUCCUGCUCCUACUCGGCCAACACUACCACUGCCACUUCAGGCUACUACAGCCGUCGUCUGACGACAAUGAUUGGCAACGCGUCGGAGGUAGAGCGGUCGCGUGAGAUGGGAGAGGAAGAGAAAGAGGGUCAGCAGCAAUUGUGGAGCGCUGACGGAGAUCGAGAGUUGCUCGUUAGUGCUAACAAAAGGCCGAAAGUAUAUGAUUGCAUGAAGGAAUUUUUGUGUCGAAAACUCUUUCAGCAGCGACAUGGACAACAAGAGCAGCAGCAGCGCCGCCAGCAACAGCAACAAUCAGCGCUAAUGGAGGCUGCACAUUGCAAAAGCGACACCGAGGAGGAUGUCACUAGUGAUUAUGAUGAGGUUGACAUGCUGGAUUCCUCGUACAACGCCGACGAGGAGGAUGCCAGUGAUUGCAGUAGCCAAUGUACUUGCCCAUUAGAAAGCGACAACGAGGACAUGGAAGCGCGGCGGAAAGUUUCACUAAUAGAGCAACAACCACAACAGGCGAAACAACCACAGCAACAACGUAGUACACCACAAAAAUCGAUUAGUCCGCAAAAAUCAAUGCUCUCGUUAAAUUGCUGGCAAAACAGCACACAAUACACCGACUCCACCACCAGCACAGAAGCGGAAGAAGAGGAGGAGGACGAGGAGGAGAACGAGGAGGAGGAAGAGACCAAUGCGCAGCUGGCGCAUAAAGUCGCUGAUUACCAAAAUAUCGCAGAUGAUUCGGAUGCUGGCAUCUCGGAUUGUUGUCAGUUGAUAAGCGAAAAAUCAAGUCCUUCGAAGCAACGCGUGCGACAACCGAGACCGAAACAAAAACAACAAUCGCAAGCGCGCUACAACCGCAACAACAACGCUGAUGAUGACGAGGAGUUGCUCGCAAGCAAUUGGUAUCAGCCGCGCAUUACCACCAAAGCUGCGCUUGAACGCCUUCAGCAGGCCACACCCGGCACAUUUCUACUGCGCCGCAAGUCGCGUAGCUACGAGCUAUGCCUGCGCGCCGAAACGAAAGUGAAGCAAUUCGCAGUCGUGGCGCUGGCGGACAAUCAUUACAAAUUGAAAGGCGCCAAGAAGCAAUUCACAUCGCUGAAGGCAUUGGUCACGCAUCAUUCCGUUAUGGCGGAAGAAUUGCCGUUGACUUUGGCGCUGCCGCGCGUAUACAACAGAGCGUACGGUGUGAGCGGCAAGUGCGCGAAAAACAUGGCAGCAGCAUUGCAAGUGAGCGCACAAACGUGGAGGUCCUUGCGUUACGCUGAUGAUUUCGAUACGUACGAGUCGUUGCAAAUUUUGGGUUUAUUGCAAGACUGGCAGAGCGAAACCAAUGAAUUCUGAAGACGAGUUUUCGAAGUCUAAAUGGGUAAAGCUGCGGAAGUGAAUGAGUGCAGAGUUUUGCGAAGGCAUUACGCGCUUGAUGGCCGAAAGAAAGUUGGGCAAAAGUUUGCGAAAUAGAAUUUGAAUAUUUUGAAUAUAUGUAGAAGAGAAAUGCGGUUAUUAUUAAACAGGCNUGCUCUAACAAAUGCAGUGUGGUGAUUGGACUCAACGUUGUACAGCAUCGAUUUUUUGUUUAGAUUUAAGCGUUCGUGUUAUUAAAUUCAUAAGUAGCAUAGCAAUCGAAAAUGUAGAUUUAAUAUAAGAAAACAAAUAGAAAAAAAAAACGAAAUAAUUGCCAAUAUUGGAGAAAUAAUAUCUAUA